AAGCUAAAGUGGCUUUUACGGGCAAUUCGAACGCAGAUUUCUAAGAAAAUUGAAAGCAACUUUCUGUCAACUUUUUGGAUUUCCAACUUUUACCACCAAUUUUCUCAGAAAGUGUCUAUUAACUUUGGAAAUACCAACUUUUGUGGCCAACUUGGAGUCUAUUUGCGGCUGUUAGUUUGACACCAAUUUCUCGCCAACUUCCCUGAUAGCCAGACAUUGCUUUACAAGUGUUGUAGAGCAACACUUUCGGCUAACUUAACGAGAAAGUUUCUGGCAAACUUAGCUGUAUAAUACUUUCCUUUAAGUUGGCUUCAGACGGCAGUAGCUUGAAUGUAACUUGCCAGAAAAACUUUCUGUCAAUUUGAAGUGAAACUUUCAAUCAACUUAAUAUCAUUGUUUGACGUUAAUACUUGUAGUCAAAUUAAAUUGAAAAUUGCAGACAAUUUACUGUCAACUUAAAGGUAACUGCUUGCUCUCCAACAUUUACCUUUAAAAUACGGCAGUAGUUUGUAGUUAACUUAUGGUUAGGGUGGCUAUCAGGGUUGGCUAUCAGAGAGGGUGGACUGCACGCGUAUGCUGCCGUUUUGUAUACCGUAUUCCGAUAAGAGCGAUCUUCUUGUUUAUCAAUUUAUCAAGGUUUAAAGAAAUCACAGACACACCGCCUAUAUACACCAAUCAUCACUCAUUGUAGUACAGCAAGGUUAUGUUUACAUGUCGGGAACUUUAGAUUAUUCGUUAACUUGUUUAUAAUUUGAAAAUUUUAAUAUUCAACAAUAAAUAAUGGAAUGUCCGCUUAAAAAAGUUGAACUACAAGCAGAUGUUUAUAUGACUUGUCUUCAACAUGCAUUAUCAACGGAAAAUUUUGAAGUAAUGGGAUUACUUAUUGGCCAUAUUGACAGUGGUAUUACAAAAAUUUCUGCCUUGAAUAUCUUACUACGAUUAGAUAAAAAGAAAGAUCGUGUAGAAAUUUCUCCAGAACAAUUGUUCAAAGCUGCUGCAGAAGCUGAACGAUUGACUGUGGAAUUAAAAAGACCUAUGAGAGUAGUUGGAUGGUAUCAUUCUCAUCCUCAUAUAACAGUUUUUCCUUCUCAUGUCGAUAUUGGAACUCAGGCGACGUAUCAACUGAUGGACUCGUGCUUUGUUGGUCUAAUAUUCUCAGUAUUUUCCGAAAAUAAAGAGACAAAAGAACAAGAGUGUGUAUUAACUUGUUUUCAAUCUCGUAACAAUGAUGCCGUAGAAAUUCCAGUAGAGAUUGUUAAAAUUGGAGAAAUAUCAAAGGAAUGCUUGAAUGCAUCAAAAGAUCUACCAAAAAUUCUUGUUCAAGAAGAUGAUGAAGUUGCAAACCGUUGCGAAAAUAGUUCAGAUCCUCUUGCAACUAUUCACAACAAUGCGGUUCGUACACGUGCUCUUGCGCACAUUACGGAUGUAGUUACGAAACCUUUAAUAGAAGUGCUGGAGCAACGACUUAUUCUCAAUGAAAAUUAUAAGACUCAUCUUCAUAAAGUUAAACAAAAGCUAUUGAAAGAAAUUCAAAAGUCGUAUCCAACUCAACUGGAAACUAAGCAAACUAAGAAAAAAAGCAAUAAAUCUGCAGGAAGAAAAUAGUUUUUUUUUUUUUUUUUUUUUCAUGAAAACAAAUAACUCGUUUUUGUUAAGACGAUUAAUAUUUGAUUAAAGUCUAAAAGUUUGACUGGAAUAAUGAGUUUUUGAACGAAGAAGCGAGUAUUACUUGUUAAAGUAAUUCAGUUAUUACUAAUAAUAAAUAAUGUUGUUUAGUUUAAAAAUCAGUAUUGUUAAUUUAUAACAAAUAAAUAUAUAAUUAUUAC